AUACCUCGACUAUAAUAACCCUUGUGUGUUGCAUGAUUUGCUUCCAAAGAGAAUAUAUCUAAUAAGUAACUAGAAAAGAAAAAAAAAAUGUUUUGUAUAUUGUUUGAAUUAUUUUUCAGGAGAAAAAAAAAACAAGGAUUUUGAACAGUUAACUAUAUAAAUCAGUUAUCAUUUCACCAAUAACCGUUGAUAACUACCUAAAUUUGAAUUUAAACUAGUGACAAAGCCUCUAUAUAAAUGUAAUUGAAAAACCGUUCCAAAAUUGAAAUCCAUAUCCAGAAUACCAAUUGAUCGAAUUUGCCCAAAGAGAAGAACAACUGCAAAAAUGGACCAAAAAAGCGAUGGAGUUGGAAUCAAAAUCUACAACAAUGCAGUCUACGGGGACCCACACGACGACGAGUCCGCCAAGUCACCACCAAAGCCGCCGCCACCUUGUUCUUCAUCUCACCCUCUGCCUUUGCUCCGACUGAACCCGGACCACUUACACGGCCGCAAACGCCGUGCCGUUGCGAAAGGGGUCCAGAAAACUCUGUCUAAGACCUCAUUGCUGGCCAACUUUCUCCCCACCGGUACUCUCUUAACCUUUGAAAUGGUGCUUCCCGCUAUCUACAGAACCGGAGAGUGCACGGGCGUCACCACUAUGAUGACACUCGUGCUCCUUGGCAUGUGCACCCUCUCAUGCUUCUUCUUCCACUUCACGGACAGUUUCCGUGGGCCUGACGGGAAGUUGUACUACGGAUUCGUGACGCCGAAAGGACUAGCGGUAUUUAAACCGGGCCUGGGGGUGGAGGUGCCGAAGGAGGAGAGGUACAAAUUGGGGCUGUCAGACUUCGUACACGCCAUUAUGUCUGUCAUGGUGUUUGUGGCGAUCGCGUUUUCGGACCGGCGCGUGACGGACUGUUUGUUUCCGGGGCACGAGAAGGAUAUGGAUGAAGUUAUGGAGAGUUUCCCGUUGAUGGUGGGGAUCGUGUGCAGUGGCUUGUUUCUUGUGUUUCCGAGCACUCGCUACGGGAUUGGCUGCAUGGCUGCGUGA